GUCUGCCUAUUUUUGGAGCUCAUGUGCAGCCAAACGACCAAUCAUUUCACCGCGGCCUGAGUUACUUUUCCACUGUUCCUUCCUCCCUGUCCCUCAUAUCUGGUUCCGUGAUGUCAACGUAACCGUGCUAACUUGUCAACCCUCCACGUGCCCUUGUUCUUCUUCAUCACCAAACAGGGACUAUUUCAAGAUCUUCCCUUUCCUUUCUCCCUUUGCCUGUUUUCUUGGACCUAGCAUCAUCAUCAGUGUUGCUCCAACCCCACUAGUUUUCUUGCCCCAAAUGGAUGAAGGAACAGAUUUUGCACUUGCCCAGUUGAGAAAGUCUGUUGAGAAGCUUGGUUCUUCUGCAGAGGGUUAUGGGGACCCUACACUGAUGAGGUUCUUGAUUGCUCGAUGUAUGGAUCCUGAUAAAGCAGCUAAGAUGUUUGUUCAAUGGCGCAAAUGGAGGGAAGCUAUGGUGCCUGAUGGUUACAUUCCAAGUUCUGAAGUUCAAGAUGAAUUGGAAACUAGAAAGAUCUUUUUGCAGGGCUUGUCUCAGGAGAAAUACCCUGUUAUGAUUGUCCAAGCAAAGAGGCAUUUUCCUUCCAAGGAUCAGCCACAAUUCAAGAAAUUCGUUGUAUAUCUACUGGACAAGACAAUUGCGAGUGCUUUCAAAGGAAGGGAGAUAGGAAACGAAAAGUUGAUUGGGAUUCUUGAUCUGCAGAAUCUUUCGUAUAAAAACAUUGAUGCACGUGGGUUAAUAACUGGAUUUCAAUUUUUACAGGCUUACUACCCGGAACGAUUAGCAAAAUGCUAUAUUUUGCAUAUGCCAUGGUUUUUUGUGAGUGUUUGGAGAGUAGUUUCUCGCUUCCUAGAGAGGGCAACCCUUGAGAAGAUUGUAAUUGUAACCAAUGAGGAUGAGAGAAGCAAGUUUAUAAGUGAGGUUGGUGAAGAGGUUCUCCCAGAAGAGUAUGGUGGAAAUGCAAAGCUUGUAGCUAUACAAGAUGUUGAUUUGACACCACUAGAAAAUGGAACAACAAAUUAACUGAUUGAUCGUAGGGGGCAAAUCUUAUGCUUAUAAUCUAACCCCUUCCCAUCUAUCAGAACUUCCCUUCCUAGAAACUUAUUUAAUAAACUAAUAUUGUCAAAGAGAAUAAUUGAAAUUUUCAUGUAUAAGGACUUGCUUAUAUGUUUAACUUGUAUUGUUA